AUGGACGAAGACGGGUUUGCAGAGUCGCUCAAGCUUGAUAUGAAACCCGUCAGCGAUGGAUGUUUUCGUGAAACUAAAAUCAAGAGGCCAGACGAAGGCUCUCGACGAACAACGGAAAUCACGUUAUGGAACCGAACAGUUUGCCUGACAUCUUCCCCUGCGGACAAUGUGUUCCUAUAUGAGUCGCGACAGAAGGAUCUACGAGUGUUCAAACGUCUUCGCCAACAGAAAAGUCCUGCCAACUACAGCCGAGAGCUCAGUGUGAUGGAACGGGUAUUGAAAGAAGUGGAGCCACAUCAAAAGGAGCUUUUUGUUAGCUUCAUUGGUUGGUUCCCAUCUCAGGACUACAUACACUUUGUACUGGAGUACUGCCCUUACGGGGAUAUUUCUACAUAUUCCGGCCCGCUGUCUGAACUACAGGCAUGGUGUGUGUGUAACCAACUAAUAGAGGGUCUUUCUGUCCUGCAUCAGCUGGACAUCACACAUCGGGAUAUCAAACCGGAGAAUGUUCUAGUCGUUGCCAAAAAUCCGAUUCGGGUGAAGAUUGCCGAUUUUGGAAUCAGCAAGCUCUCCCCAAAAGACAUCACACAGCCGCGGACAAAAACUGGUACAGACGGUUAUAUGGCACCGGAGUGCUUUGGAAUAAAUAACCGGACGACAAAAUCCAGCUACACACAUGCCGUUGAUAUUUGGUCUCUCGGUUGUCUGACCUACUACAUCCUGACAAAGGAGAUUCCGUUCAAGGUAAAGGCAAAUGAGUACACUACAUAUAGGGCACUUCAAAGCUAUUGUGAGGGUGAUAUUGGAUUUCCGGAAGGCCCUCUUGCAAGGCACCAAGUUAGCCUUUCGGGUCGAUAUUUCAUCCAACGACUUUUGGCACCAGUUGCCGAAGACAGGCCAACAGCAUCAGGGCAACUUAUGAUAAACUGGGUGGUUCCUCCAGUGUUGAAAGAUGUUUCUCGCACUUUGACGCAAACUGCAGACUCAUCUAGAGUUGCCGAAUCAUCUACCACCGACAGGAAUACUAUGACAAGUUCUCCAUCGCACCUUUCGUCUAACCAGGAAGAAUUGUUUGAGCUCCCGGAGCUUCUCGGAGAAGACCCAAAUCAAAUCACGAGGCAAACAAGAAAUGAGAACAACAUGGACCCCCACUCUUCAGACCUUUGGCAUCUCGUGAAGUCAGGAAAAGUAAGCAAAUCAAACGAAAAAAGGCUUCGAGCCCUUCUCAUGUUCAACGCAAGUCCAAACAUUCAUUUGAAAGGAUAUACCGCGCUUCACGUAGCCACGGAGCAAGGCGCAGCGGAAUCAGUUAAAACCCUUCUUGAAUUCGAAGCAGACCCUGAAGCCCGUACCGAGCCACGCCAAGAAACCCCGAUCCAUCUCGCCUCCUGUCAAGGGAAGUUUGAGUCUUUCUCCAAGAAAAUACAGCUGCUUGUGGACAAAGGUGCUGAUAUUGAUGCCCAAAACUAUGAAUGGGACACAGCAUUGCAUCUGGCAAUAUGUAGAAUUGGCACGGCGGAUGCGAUCAAUCUUCUACUCAAGUCAGGAGCAUCCACAGAAUUGAAAGGACGAAAUGAACGUACUCCUCUUCAAUAUGCAAUAUUUCUGGAUCGAGAGGAGAUCGCCGCGGUUCUUUUGGGUCAUGGCGCCAAUCCGAACUGCGUCGAUGAAAAUGGUCUCACGCCACUUCACCUUGCAAUCAGAUCCAGCAAGAUCAGCACUGAGUUCUUGAGGCGGCUGAUCGACGCGGGAGCCAACAUCAAUAAGGAAGACGGGAAUCAUCAUACACCCUUAUAUGAAGCGAUCACCCAAGGCGCAAAUGAUGCGAUUAUUCUUCUGCUCAAUCAUGGCGCUGAGUGCAAACCUCAUCAUCAAGAAUUAGGAAGGUACCUUGGUCAACCAGGACUUUGGCAGAAACUUGCUCUGCGCCUUCCGUGGCUUUCUGAAUAG